AAUUACUUAGGGUUUUGUUUAUUUUUUAACUUUAAAAAGACGGAAUGAAUCAUCUAUUUCAGAAUUCAUUUGAAAGUAUAAAUCUGCUUAGUGUUUUGUUUGUUUUUUUAAGUAAAACAUAUGCAAGUGAGUGAUUGUUUUUUAAAUUGAGAUUUUUUGCCAAUGGAUGAAAUUUCCCCUUCAUGAUCUGGUUUUCUCCUGAAAUUGACAUCCUUGGUCACAUUGUGCAGUAUUAUGGUUUGGACUCAUAGCGACGCUGUUGACCAAAGUGUGAAUGGCUGGGUGCGUUUUGAUUCACCGCAUGAGCAGUUUAUCUACCACGUAAUGCAGUGUUGAGAGGAAAGACGACGGUGGAACCAUUUUACCAGAGGAUUGUGAUCACAAAGACAUCUUUUUUUUUAUUGAAAAUUCAUUUUUUAAUCAUCCGCGGAUCUCAGUUUAUCUUUGUAUGAGCUUUGAUUUUUCUAUCGGUUGCUAUUUGGGAGAUUUGUUGGAUUCUUGGAGGAAAAAAGGUCGGACAGAACAAUGAAUCCGCGGCUCCUGUUGUUCGUGUGUCUGCUCUCCCUCGCCUCCGUGCGGGGACAGGUCAGUUACUCGAUUCCAGAGGAAAUGCCGAAAGGAUCGCUGGUGGGAAACAUCGCUCAGGAUUUAGGUUUGGAAAUGAAACGUUUGAUUUCUGGAAAAGCGAAAAUCUACAGCAGGAACAGCGGAGAAUACGUGGAGCUGAACAGAGAACGAGGAGUCCUGCUCGUUAAAGAGAGGAUCGACAGAGAGGCGCUGUGUGCGGAGACUGCGCUCUGUGCUUUACAUUUUCAGAUCAUUUUAGAGAACCCGAUUGAAUUUUACACGGUGAAUAUUCAAAUAGAUGAUGUUAAUGAUAAUGCACCAAUAUUCGAAAAAUCUGAAAUGAAUUUUAAAAUCAGCGAGUCCGCAGUGAUCGGAGCAAAAUUUGUGCUCGAGAGGGCUGUGGAUCUGGAUGUUGGCACAAACGAUUUACAAAACUACGUUUUAAAACCUGCCGGUCAUUUUAUUGUUAAACCGCAGAGAAACACAAACACUCAGAGAAGCGUAGAGAUGGUUUUACAGAAACCUUUAGAUCGAGAGAAAGAGGAGCAGA